AAUUCAAACGAGUAAAGCCAUUGGUUAAGGGGGUGGCGGGAUUAGAGCCACACACCCGUCAAGAAUUGCGACCACUGACGACCCCUUCCGAGACUGACCCGCCGACGGUCCACGUACAUUGGAAGCGACGAAACAACAUAAGCAAACCCCAAAACCGUGGGCAAAAACUACUUGGGAAACACCUGGAAAAGUUCACGAGCCAUUCCGAAACCGCGUGUCCUUUCCCCCAAAUCCGCCUCCGGUUUUCCAUUCCCCUCCCAAUAUAAAUCCCCCACUCCAAAACCAAUCCAAAAACCACCAAACCAGUGAAAUUACCACCAGAUCUGUCUAUUCAAUCCAAAAAACCACCAAAUCAGUGAAAUUACCAAUUUACCACUAGAUCUGUCUAUUGAAAGCACUGAUUGUUCACCGGAGAGGCAAAAAUGAGCGGCGGAGCUAAGAAAGCGGCGUGGAUAGUGACGGCGAGCAUGGCGGCGGUGGAGGCGCUGAAGGAUCAGGGCUUCGCGCGGUGGAAUUAUCCGAUGAGGACGAUUCACCAGCACGCGAAGAGCAAGGUGGCGGCGGCGUACCAGGCCAGGAGAUCCUCGUCGGCGCUGUCGCCGUCGUCGACGGCGGUUUCCGGGAAGGUGAUGCGAGAGGCGAAGAUGAGAAAAAGUGAGAGGAAUUUCAACAGAGUCAUGGACGUUAGCUGUUUCGGCCCUAGUACUGUUAGAUUCUAGUUCCCGGCGAUCGGAGAUUGAUUAAUGUAUUAUGAACAUCCGAUGAAAAUUUAUUCCGUUAGGUGUUUUCCUCUGCGGCGAGGAAUCGGAAUUAUCUGAGGAGAUAAAUUCAUAUGUGAUGGUGAAAAAAAAAUAUUUUACUGUCUAAUAUGUGAGAACUUUUGUGUAAUCUCAUGAUAUUAGUUAGAGUAACUAUUAUUCCAAUAAUAAAAUUAAUAAUUAGUUCUUGUCCAAA